CUUGCGUAAGUUCAACACGUUUCUCUGCAGCACAACGUUUGGGUUUUGAAGAACAGAGCAUAAGGUCAUCACUUCGUACAACGUCUGCUAUCAUUCAAAAGGUAAAAAUGGAUUUCUUUAGGGAAUUGAGAGAGCUACGGGGUAACUAGGGUAGGGAGGAAGAAGAGGGGGUGAUUGCCGCGGAGCCUAUCGCGAUGAUAGUACCACCGAAGCUGCAGGAUUUGCCGGAGACAAUAACGUCAGAGAGUAGCGCCAGUUCAAGCGCCGGAGAUAAUGGCGACGGCCACCACGCUUCACCGUCUAGCAGCCCGUCUUCUGGGAGUCCGUCAAAUCCUGAGGAAGAGCCGGAGAACGUAGGUGGUAACGAACUGGAUCUGCCCGCGGCUGGGGAAUGGGAGGAUAGGGUACUCCCUGGCAGACUGAGUAACAUACGCAAAGCUCCAAAGGAUCUGCCAGCUGGGUUUAGAUUCAGGGCGGCGCUUCAUCACGAAGUAGCGGACAGCGUGCCCUCAAUAAGUGGGUACAAGGGGCUGGAGGAGAUGAUAAGGGAGUACCACAUCCCCCGGACUAUAUUGGUGCGAACUAGCGGGCAGAACGAGAGGGCUUGCUCGGUAUCGCAGACGGGUUGGAUACCCGUACUACAAGCUGGCUUUGACGCAGCUGACACCCAACAGCAUAAGGUUCAUCGUGGGCUUUAUGCUGUUGUGUGCGAGACUAGAGGUACCGACCAAGGCGAUAGUGUUCAAGUCGCUGUUCUAGUGCCGGCUGUGUCCAAACUCAAGAGGAGCGAAGUGUUCAUUUUCGUUCGUGACACGCAAACAGAGAGGGUAAGCAAUGACCUCGCUGCCCGGCUAUCGGAAUGGCGCACACCAAAUGCGCAUGUGAAUUAUCCCCAACUGCUGCCACGGGACACGGAUCUCAAGAACCGGCUGUUAGAGCAUGAGAGACGUGAAAAUUUAGUAGAUCUCGAGGCCCUGGUUACCCCGGAGCUGCUCGCCGUGUUUAGGUUUGUCGACGUGGCAAAUCUGUUCACAGAAGGUAUAUUUUUCUCAUAUGGUAGGAAUUGUAGCCGGGCUGAGUCUUAUGCGUUUUUCUGUGCAGGAGAGAUGAGCAGCAUCUUGGAACGCCAACGACAGCGAGCCCAAGGCUCACGAGGUCGCGCGUCAGGCAGCGCGCAACCCAGGCAGACACGUUUUGACGAGCGGCCACCCCCGGCGCCUCAAUCACGCGGCUCGUCACACUGGGGAUCCAGCUCGUCGUCAAGGCCACGAGCAGAUCACAGAGCUGAGGCUGCGGCCCCAGGUGCAUGCAGACGUGCACGCGAGGAGACAGAGAGCGAGGAGGAUGAGGUCCCCCUUGCUCGGCGCAGAACAAGCGGGGGGACUCAGCCCGCACAGGCGGCCCGUCCUGUAACCGUGCGUUCACCGAACGCACCGUCAGUGACUGUGCGAGCAGCAGUGGAGCCCACCUCUGCAUCGGCCUCGAUGUCCGGCCCCAGGAUUGCUUAUCCUGAGGGCUUCAGCUAUGUGGGGCAGAGUGUCAGCCUGCCAUGGUGCAAGGCAUGCACAACUUUGUGCCCCCCGCAGAUACUGGCCGCGGAGAAGGCUAGCCUUGUGGACGAUGUAAAUCGUUUGCAAGGCUCUGAAAUGGCGAACCGAGCUGCGGCCGUAGAGAGCCAGGCGGACGAAAUUGCCAAUAGGAUCAAUGAGCUCAAGGAGGAGCUAGAACGAGCCCAUGCCGAGAGAGAAAGUGGGAUUCAAGCGACAAAGGAUGAGGCCGCUCGAGCUGAAGAGCGGGCUAAGAGGGCUGAGGACGAGAGGGACCAUGCUCAGACUGAGCUGAGUUCGCUACGGUUCCAGGUCACUGAGGCCGACAAGAACCUCAGCACUACCGAAGAGGCGCUGAACGCAUUGAAGGCAUCUCAUGCGCGCUCCGUCGGUAUUGCCCGAGCUCAAGGGGCAGAAUGGCUGGUUGGCUCGUCAACAUUCCAAGACGCAGUGGCGGUGGCGCUUGCCAACAUGACCACGGAGAUUUACAAUGAGAUUCGUGGGAAGGUGCUGCACCACCGCCCAGAUUUUCCAAUCCGUGAGCUGGUCUUCUUUGACGAGGAAGAGCUUGACGAGCAGGGUAAGAGCCUUGCUCCCCUCGCUGACACGACUGUGAGGCUGAGAUGGGAUGUAAACGAGGAGGGCGUGCCCGUCUGGCCACCGUCCGUGCUGGAAGACGGGGAAGAUCCAGUAGGACUGCCCUCAUUUGAUGCAUGGGUAGAGGGUGCUCCUGUAGCUGAGCAGGAGCCUUCUAGCACCCCGCCCAACUCUCAGCCCGCUGUGGUGCCAGCCAGCUCACCCGUCAGCGCGCCAGCCCUUGAGCCCGCAGCCCGGUCUCCUCCGGCUCACUCUUCCGCAGCUUCUGCUGACACAUCCAUGCCCGUCGAUCUGACGGAUGACUAGAUUUAGGGUUUUUUCUUUCAAUUUUUUGUACUUCGCUUUUGCAUUUUUGUAUUUGAUCAAUGAAUUCAUAUCAUGUGUACCUUCAAUGUAAAUAUCUUUGAUGAAAUACAAAAUUGAGUUUUCCUUUGAAUUUUGUUGUAUUUUUGGUGUAUCAUUGUUUACAAUUGUCGAAUAACAACUGGAAUAAAAGAAUAGUAUACAG